UUAUCCGGGCUUCUCGAGACUUGACCUUGUCCGGAGAAGCGAAUAUCACGGAUAAUGAGUCAAAUGAUAUACAGUGGAGCGCCGUUUAUCCGGGUACCUUUUUUCCGACUUUCCGUUUAUCCGUGCUGUUGAGAAAUGACAGUUCAAUACAAAAGUGACAUUGCGUUAUGAGGAGGAUAUUUAAAAAAGCGGUUAUAAGAGCACAUUGUCAUUACAAAAACACUAUAAUGCAUGGCAAAUUUUAAAUAUUCUCUUUGGAAAAACAUGAAGUUAGUAAAAACUGGGUUAUUUUUAUCAAAAAAUAAGAAAAAUUCCAAAUCAUAACCAUGAAUUGGUGAUAAAAUAUAUCAUUUUACUCAUUAUCCGUGUUAUUCGCUUAUCCGGGCGAGGUCAAGUCCCGAGAAGCCCGGAUAAACGGCGCUCCACUGUAUUUUAUCACCAAUUUCUGGUUAUGUUUUGGAAAUUUAUCUUAUAUUUUGAUAAAAAUAACUCAGUUUUUAUUAACUUCAUAUUUUUACAAAGCGAAUACUUAAAAUUUGCCAUUAAUUAUAGUGGUUUUUGUUAUGACAAUGUGCUCUUUUAACCGCUUUUUCAAAUAUCCUCCUCAUAACGCAAUAUCACUUUUGUAUUGAACUGUCAUUUCUCAACAGCACGGAUAAACGGAAAACCGGAUAAAAGGUAUCCGGAUAAACGGCGCUCCACUGUAUUUUAUCACCAAUUCCUGGUUAUUUUUUGGAAAUUUUUCUUAUUUUUUGAUAAAAAUAACCCAGUUUUUAUUAACUUCAUGUUUUUCGAAAAAGAAUUUUAAAAAUUUGCCAUGAAUUACAGUGUUUUUGUUAUGACAAUGUGCUUUUAUAACCGCUUUUUCAAAUAUAGCUCCUCAUAGCCCAAUGUCAUUUUUGUAUUGAACUGUCAUUUCUCAAUAGCACGGAUAAACGGAAAGCCGGAUAAAAAAUUUCCGGAUAAACGGCGCUGCACUGUAUACCCAGCUGACAUUAUAUAGCACGAAUAAUCGGGAAUUCGAGCAAAUUUCCUUAAACUGGAGCCUUAAACUUCCCUUAAACUGCACCAGUUUAAGGGAAUUUCGAAAAAGUCCUUUAAAAUCAAAUGUGAUGCGGCUGUUUCGUUACUUUCUUAUAUAUUCGCCUGGAAACGAUGUUUGCUAUCGUUAUAGUUGGUCAUGUACCCAUUUUAUACUUAAAUAAUACCCAUUUUUAUAGAAUAGUGUCACAUAAAAUUAGCUUUUGUUUUUCAUCAAAAAACCAUAGUCAUGAAUGAAAAAUGAGCUCGAUGGCAUCGUCCAUCGAUAGAGGAACGUCUAAUCUACGAUCACAGCAAAUCUUGGCGCUUUCAACACACUUGAUCACACACAAAUCCACAAUUUCAGGCGUAUCGAUUACUAAUCGAGCAGAUAUGGGAAAACAAUUUCGGGCUAAUGUCACUUGGGCAUUUUAUACUUAAAUAAUACCCAUUUUUAUAGAAUAACGUCACAUAAAAUUAGCUUUUGUUUUUAAUCAAAAAACCAUAGCUAUGAAUGAGAAAUGAGCUCGACGGCAUCGUUCAUCGAUAGAGGAACGUCUAAUUUACGAUCACGCCAAAUCUUGGCGCUUUCAACACACUUGAUCACACACAAAUCCACAUUUUCAGGCGUAUCGAGCACUAAUCGAGCAGAUAUGGUAAAACGAUUUCGAGCAAAUGUCACUUGGGUAGCGAAAAAAAACUCAUUUUUUGUAUAGUCUGUUCCCGAGUUACGCGGUUUCUGUGUUCCCGGCGAAUCCGCGUAACUCGAAUAUCCGCGUAUGUCGAAUUUCUCAUUUUUUGAAUAAAAUACUAUUCAAUACUCAAAGUUUUUGAUUUUAUUUAGCACUUUUAUACACUUACUCAUUUAUUUCAUAUGAUUUGUGCGAAAAAUCUAAUAUUGGGGGCCUUCACGAUUCUAGUUAGUUUUUUGUAUGGAGUUUGACAGUUGGAGGCUGAAAUCAUGUAAACACUCUGUGGCGACCACGUUAUAGCCUCACCACAGUCCGGAGCUGACGUCAACCGUCAAUUCAAAAUAUCGGGCACUCUAAUUCGAACACCCUAAUUCAAGCACCCUAAUUCGAGCACCCUAAUGAAUAUGAAUAUGAACCUUAUUCGAGCACCUUUUUUUUUUUUUUUUUUUUGUUAACGAAGAGUGAGCAUAUUCCAUCCCCCUCUCCGACUCACCCAACUCGGCCGGUACGCUUGUGGUGCGUAUUACUUCAUGCGGAGUCGUGUGUGCGGUUGCACCCUGGGUCACGACGCAUCUUCUGCGGCGAUCUGGUCUGCUGAUUCUGCUUAUUACGCUGCUUUCCGUGGUGCGACGCGGUCCCUUUGGUCCUAUCGCCCACGCUUCGGGUGGGCAAUGGGGUGUCUGCAUCGUUGGUCACCACUCCAAGCCCGUAAGGCAGUUCUCCUGAAACGAAAUUUUGAUAGAGGAAACAAGAAGAAGGAGAAAGAGAUAGAAGAAAGCUGGAAAUAGAUGAGAGAAGAGAUAUAGAAAGCUGGAAAGAAACGAAAAGAAAAGUUAUUCGAGCACCCUAAUUCGAGCAAUAGUUAUCAACUUAGCCAGACUAAACUAUUUCCCGUUAAAAAGAUUAUAAAAAGCCGUCGUUCCCACCACGCGUUCUCUUCUCUUUUCGUUCUCAUCCGCUAGUGGACGUGCUCCCGUAACUGCGUAACGCGUGAUAAAGACAUUGUAAAACAUUGUAUUUUGUGACAUCUUGGGAAUCCAAAUAAAAAGUGGUCUACCCACGAGGUAGCCAAAACUCCAUACAAAACCACACAAAAAACUAGCCUGCGAUUUUCAGUCUAGAAAAUUUUAGCCUAAAAGCUAAAAUUAGAUUCAAGUACCUGCUCGAAAACACGGUGUUGUUUAUCGUUUAUCCCAAGGUGCAUCAAAGAGAUCAGGUGGUGGAAUGUGGAAUCAAAGUGUAUGUAGUCCAGGUGGUCUCAUAGAAUUUUUUCAUAACCAAUUUUGAACAUCACUUUUUGACAGAACGAGUGAAAACUUUUGCUGCAACAAGCUUUCUGGAGGCUUGACUAAUACUCAAAAUACUCUUACAAUCUUCAUUCAGAAGCAGAAGCGAUAAAAAUCAGCCUUCUAAAUUCAUACACCUUGGGAUAAGCCCACCUGUAUACCCAAGCGCCACAGAUUAAGCUUAAACGACUGGAAAAUUGAAUAUCCAUAGAAAAAAAUGAAAGCUCCACAGCUUUAUUGGUUUGAUCAAUAGAUGGCGUAUUACAACUCAUCAUUAUAUUGCUAUCCUUUUCUUGCAAUGUGUUUCGACAAGUUUUAUCUUAUCAUGACCUAUAUAGCCUUCUGACUUUCCGAGCAAAAAUCUAUAUUGUUGUGGGCAGCCGUGCCGACCCCUGGACUUGCCGUGGUAGUUGUGCUGCCACUGGUCAAUGUCCAGGGGACGACAGUGUGUCACGCACACUGUCGUACGCACACUAAGCGCGGGCCGCUUAGUGUGUGUUGUGCGCUCGGACAAGCAAGUGUUGCGAGCAGCCGGUCGAGCAAGGCUCCCGGCAGGGCACGGUACGGCUGGCGCGCGGCCGAGUAUAUAUAGUGUGUAUUGUGCUUGUUAUUAUUUAUGAUGUGUACUGUUUGUCAUAACCAGCACGUACAGCAAGUUAUCGUAUGAGCCAACCUGACAGGAGGUAGCUGUCAAGAACCGUCAAACGGGGGAAUGGGAGAAAAGUGCGCCAAGAAAAGAAGCGUCACUUUGCACACACGAAGAACGUUUGUAAGCAGAAUACCACGGAAAUAAAAGUUCAUACAUCAUAAUUACGAUAAAUUGGCGACGAGGAAGAACGAGCAUUACGCGUGCUACAUUGCUCAUAGAACAAAGCCGUACAAAUCGAAACUGUGCUGUGUUUGUAUUCAUGGCAUCUCCACCAAGGGAAGCUGGUUCUGCUGCUUAUUCAAUCAUCACCCGCUCCGCUGCAAAGGCUGCUGAUGCUGAUAACUCUACAGAAACUCUUCCGCCGAUAAAUCCAGCGGGCAUUGGUUGUUCUUUUGCUGCUGCUGCGGCUGCUGCUGUUGCUACUGCUACUGUUGAUCCUUCUAAUACUGGCCUUACAAGAUCCGACAAUACUGCUGAAAUAACAACUGCUACUGCUACAAAGAAGAUGUCGGGAAUGUUCGUGUUUGAACCAUUCGACCCAACAAACUGCAAAAUCCAAAGAUGGCUAGAAAGACUACAGAUUGCUUUCAAAAUUCAUCGUGUUCCCGAAGAAGACAAACGCGAUUACCUCCUUCAUUACAUGGGUAGUACGACCUACGAUGUAUUGUGCAACAAGCUAAAGAAUGAUGAACCGCAAACAAAAACGUUCGAAGAAAUUGUUGCCAUCCUCAAAGAGCAUUUUAAUCCAAAUCCAUUGGAAAUUUUGGAAAAUUUCAAGUUUGCAAACCGAAAACAACGCGAAAAUGAAUCACUGAGCACAUAUUUGAUGGAAUUAGAAAAGCUUGCUCAAACUUGUAGUUUUGGCGAUUACCUUGACAAAGCCUUGCGAAAUCAAUUCAUGUUCGGACUUCAAAACCGUGCGAUACAAUCGCGGCUGCUCGAGAUACGUGACCUGACAUUGGCUAAAGCAAAGGACAUAGCUUUCGGCAUGGAAAUGUCUAACCGAGGUACAGAUGAGAUACAAGGCACCGUUACUCCAUAUCCAGUUCAGCACAUCAUUGCUGCGAAUAAAAAGAAAAGCAAGCCGGCGUCAACUCAACGGAAAGUAUCUUGCUAUCGGUGUGGGGAUGGAGACCAUCUUGCGGAUAAGUGCCGACACUUGAAGACAAUUUGCAAUCAUUGCAAUAAGAUGGGGCAUCUUGCAAAAGUAUGCCGGACAAAAGUAAAUCGUUCGAGUGUACACACACUAGAAUGCAGCUCUGAGCUUCCCGCAGACGAUGACGCCAACAUCGUGCACGUGUUCGACAUGAGAACAAUACAAAAUAUGGCUGGUAUGUUUUUGCUAGAAAUGGAGAUUUCCGACAGAAAACUUAUUUUUUAGGUGGACACUGGCUCUCCAGUAUCCCUUAUUAGUAACAGGGAUAGAUUAAAUUAUUUUCCUAACAUAAUAACAAAAAAAAGUAACGUCAAAUUGAAAAGUUAUUGUGAUGGUUAGUGGCGGAUUUAACGGUGCGCGGACUGAGCGGCCGCGGGGGGCCCCGUCAAUGUAGGGGCCCCGUGUAUGGUAAUUCCUGCAUAUAGAAGAGUGUGUACAGUAGUCUCAGCGAGAUCUUCUGUGCUAGAUAGGGGCCUCAUGGAUGAAGGGACUCAUAAACUAUAGGGACCCAGUACAGGGAUUCUGAGCCCCCCCCCCCCGCCAACAAAUCAUUAAAGUGUGUUUGAUUCAAAACUUAAUGCAGCAUUAUGCA